GAAAUACCACAACAUUACGUCAGGUGCGUCAGGUAGGCCUAUUAUAAGCAACCAGGAAGACUUUACGGUUUUUCAGAAAGCAGGUGACAUUAGCAGCAAUGGAAUCAACUCAGACUCUUUUAAUCAUUGUUUUGGCGAUUGGAGCCUGCCAGAGUCAUUCUCUCCAUUUCAAGUCUUUACUUCGUGAUGUGGAACCAGAAAUCAAAGAGAAAGUGGCGUCAGAUCUCGAGCAUCUCAAAUUGAAACUUCCUGAUAUCGCGUCGGAUCUGCACAUUCAUGCUAAGGCGGAAGAUCUGAGUAACCUCAAGUCUACCCUCAAAGAGGUUGAAAAGAAAUUGCCGACAGAUCUUCAACAUCUUGCCUGGAUUCUUCAGGAUAGUACAUCUGAUCUCCAUGUCAACCUAAAGGAUGUAGACGUGAAGCUGAGGCCCAUCCUCAAAGGUCUGGGGAAAGAACUAUUUAAAGGUUCGAAGUUCAAGAGGAGCAGUGGAACCUGUGACUGUGCUGAAUACAAAUGUUCCUGCUGCGUACACCUGGAAAUAGAUGAGAUCAAGCUGGAUAGCACAGUUUGUGUAGCUGUUGCUUAUCUCCCAAAAGACAUUGGUGUAGAGUUCAAACUGACAGUUGAUGGGAAGACAUUAAUUGACAUGCAAAUAUCCGUAACAAACCCUCCUCCUGUCUGCAUUGGAAUCCCUGAACUAGAGAAAGAGGCCAGCAUCUGCAUCAUGUUCAGCAACCUGAAGGUUGACACGGCCAACAAAAAGUUUUCUGGCUGUGUGUCGCUUGAAGCAAGACUGAUAUCUAUCAAGGUUGUAGAAGUACCUCUUGGCUGCUUCAAUAUGCCUAUCAAGGGAGCUGAAACUGGUAACCAGACGGUUGACAAUAUCAGCAACAGGACACAGAUGAGCAAACAAGAAAAAAUGGAGAUGCUGUCUCGACUUGGUCUCAUGGGGAAAACCUUCAACAAUGGACGUCUUGUCAAUCAGAAAAUGCUGAAAAAUUGAAAUGACUCAUUCAACGUUUUAUUUUUGGUUUCACAAAUAUUUUUUUUUUAGAGUUCCUAAGUAAUGUUUUACUUUUUAACGAUUAUGGAGGGAGAAGUACAAAAUUGAACAAAGAUGUGAUUCAUAUUAUAACGGAGGCACAAAAAUGAUAUUAAAUAUGGUGAUUAACUCAUUCACCCCUGAAAUUUCAUAAUGAACUCUACCAACCUUUGAAUUGGAGGAGUUCAAAUGUGUCUUCGGGGGUGAAUGAGUUAACGUACAUGCAUGAGAAUAUUUUUGGAGUAUGUAUAACUAGACUUGGAUAGAUCGCAAUGGUACUUAUUUCAAUCAUUCUACAACAAAAAUGCAACUGACUUUAUUUUUUUGUUUUCCAGAAUGGUUUUUGUAUUUUAUUUCAAUAAUUAUAUGUUAAAUGUCACUCUCACCCACACAAAAUAUACCAACUUAAGGAGUAGAACAUCGUAACAAAGAAGAUUAUGUUUAGGGGUUGAGCUUUCUAUGUCUGUAUAUAUUAAGGUGAUUUUUUUGUGUUUCUGUCUUCAUUUAUCUAGCUUAUACAUGUACUUGACAAACAUCCUGAAAAAAGUCAUUCAGUGAUAUUAUUUUUUAAAAAUUUACAUCUUUGAUUUUGAAAAAAAAAAAAAAUGUUGGAAACUCCGAAAGUCAUUUUUAAAAGUAAGAUAAAAACAAUUCCCCGAUCGGAAGUGAAAAGGUAUGGAGUCACCUGCCUAACCACGUGGUUUUCUUCGGGUGCUCUGGUUUCCUCCCACAUUAAGACCCCCCCACACGCUAACAUCUGGGCCAACAAGAGUGAUUAAUAUAAGUAAAAACUUGUUUCAUAAUUGUUGUAAAAAGUUUAUAUAUAUAUGUAAAUAAGGAUAAAAAUCUGAUUCUCAGCAAAUAUCCUGUUUUGAAAUUGACAGAGAUGACUCAUUUCAAAUGAAUCCCAAGCAACAUUUGUGCAGUUGAAACUAACAACAGUUAGCUAGAUAAUGUAUUUAGUUGUAUAUAUUUUGAUAUUUGAAGAUAAUGUAAAUGGAUGUAUAUAUUUUUAUAUUUGAAGUUACAUAUUUGCAUAGCAGCUCUGCAUAUAAGUCAUUAGACAUUAUUGUGUUUGUUAUUGAUUUUUCUAUAAAUCCUUUUGAUAAAACAUUUAUUUGUGUGAUGAUAAAUUUUCUACAUUUUCUCACAAUUUCACUAAGGAAAGAGGGAUUGAAUUAGAAUGCUAAAAAUCAAUUCAUUCCAAUAAGUAAGGUAGUGUGAGUGAAAGUUGUGUCCUUUUAAUGUGUAUUGUUUAUUUUUUUAAACAAAUAUGGUAAAAUUUGUAUUACCAGACAUUAUAUUUUUCUAUCCUGUUACAAUGCAAGUGCUUUUAAAUCAAUAAAAUUCAAAUAUCUAUAAUAUAAUAUGUGUAUAAUAUUGUAUAACGUUCUUUUUUCAAAAUGGACUAAUAUUUACAUACCAUAUACAAUUGUUGUUGUUAAUUAAUAUGACCAAUAAGUUUUUAUUGACAAAUGUUAACUCAUUUACCCCUGAAGACACAUUAGAACUCUUCCAAUCCAAAGGUAAGAACAGUUCAUUAUGAAAUUUCAGGGUGGAUGAGUUAAUGAGUUUGUUGAAUCAUGUUGAAAAUGUGUUGAUAUGCAUGCCUUACACUAAACUCAAUUCUCCUUGCUGCAUAAGGCUAUACAUUCCAUUAUAAACACCCGCUUUUUGCAUCUUUUUCUGGUUAAUAUUAUUAUUGUCGCUUAAGAAAACCUUAUGAUUAGUACCUGGCAGUAUGUAUGAUAUGCACAGAGAGAGCCUUAUUCUUAAAAAAGAAAAAAAAGAAAUCUAUUAAAUCUUACACUAUUUGUGAUUUGUACAGGGAAGAUUAAUUGUACCUGUGAUUUGAACAGGGAAGUUUAUCAUUGUUACCUGUGAUUUGUACAGGUAAGUUUAUCAUUAUGAAGGAGGUACAGAAAUCAUUGUUACCUGUGGUUUGUACAGGGAAGUUUAUCGUUAUAAGAAGGAGGUACAGAAAUCAUUGUUACCUAUGGUUUGUACAGGGAAGUUUAUCAUUAUAAGAAGGAGGUACAGAAAUCAUUGUUACCUGUGGUUUGUACAGGGAAGUUUAUCUAUAUAAGAAGGAGGUACAGAAAUCAUUGUUACCUGUGGUUUGAACAGGGAAGAAUAUCAUUAUAAGAAGGAGGUACAGAAAUCAUUGUUACCUGUGGUUUGAACAGGGAAGAUUAUCAUUAUAAGAAGGAGGUACAGAAAUCAUUGUUACCUGUGGUUUGUACAGGGAAGUUUAUCAUUAUAAAGGAGGUACAGAAAUUAUUGUUACCUGUGGUUUGUACAGGGAAGUUUAUCAUUAUAAGAAGGAGGUACAGAAAUCAUUGUUACCUGUGGUUUGUACAGGGAAGUUUAUCAUUAUAAAGGAGGUUAAGAAGUCUGCUUUUAUCUAUUUUAUUUAUACUUUGUCUCUAAUUUUCUUUAAGUUACAUUUUAUUUUGUAUUACUAAUGCAUUCCCCUUUUUUCCCCUCCAUUUAUCUGCAGAGUCUAUAAUAUACAGUGAUGUCAAAGAUAAUGUUGAUGCGUCAUUAACAUUUUUUAUUUGCAUUGAAAACAAAAAUCUUAAGACAAUUUGAUUAAAAAAAAGGACACACUUGAUUUCUAAGGUAGUAAAUUUGCAUUCAUUUCCACUAAAUUGAAAUAGAAUAUAUUAUUCCUUUUUUUCCACAAUUAAUAAUAUCAAACUAAAACCAAAGAGAGAAAAAAAUUACGUAGAAAACAAAAAAUACAUUCAAAAUUGCUAGUGCAUUUAUGAAAUAUUUGCUUCCUAGCUAUUUUCACAAGAUAUUAUUAUUUAUGGAAAUUGUCAAAGAAGCAAUGAUCAGGUAAAUAAAAAGGCAUUUUUUCCAGUUUUCAAUUUUGAAUAAACAAACAAACAAAUGACGUAACAAUCAAUACCUGCUCACAAGAGCAGAUAACUCUGUAAUAUGAAAAGACGGAAUAUUAUAUCUGCAUUGUGAUUUCCUUAAUGGAUAAACUCUAUAUUCUCAGUAAAAUAUAAUUAAGAGAAGCUGGAUUUGUUUUUUAAAAAAUGAUUAGAAAGAUAAAAGAAUGUUGUCACCAUUUAACAGCCUUUAUUUUUAUAGACAUUAUAAGAUUUAAUAAACUUCUUUUAAUAAAUACAUUUUAUAAACAU